AUUUUGGCUCCUCUGACUUGCCGUUGGCCAGACUCCGCCUUCACGAAUAAAACGCGGCUGCGCAGCCUCGGUUGUUCCUCUCCCAAGUGAACCAGGGCUUCUGCAGCUGUCACCGGACUGUCAUUGUCAAGAAUCAUGGCUGAGCUUAAGGAGCGCACCUUCCUGGCCAUCAAACCCGAUGGUGUGCAGCGGGGCAUCAUUGGCGACAUCAUCAAGAGGUUCGAGACAAAGGGCUUCAAACUUGUGGGCAUGAAGAUGGUUCAUGCCUCCAAGGACCUCCUGAAUCAGCACUACGUGGACCUGAAGGACAAACCUUUCUUUCCUACCCUCAUCAACUACAUGAGCUCUGGACCAGUGGUUGCCAUGGUGUGGGAAGGCAAAGGUGUGGUGAAGACGGGCCGGGUGAUGCUGGGCGAGACCAACCCUGCGGAGUCCAAGCCCGGAACCAUCAGAGGAGACUUCUGCAUCGACGUCAGCAAGAACAUUAUUCAUGGCAGUGACUCGGUGGACAGUGCCAACAAGGAGAUCUCCCUGUGGUUCAAAGAUGACGAGCUGGUCAGCUACUCCAGCUGUGCCUUUGACUGGCUCUACUAGGCUGCCCUGGGUUCUGCAGCAGUCUCACAGACUGCUGGGACUUUUUACCUCCGGAUUUAGAGUUUUUCCAUCUGUAGCGGAGGAAAGAAGAGCUGUUGGCAAGUUCUUCUUGUCCCAUGGUCUACCCCCCCCCCCCCCCCCGCCCUCUACUCUACUCAUUCUCAUACUGUACUGAGAUUUGGUCUCUGUGUAAGGUCUGUUUUGUCUCUACAUUCCUGAACUCAUACAUGUAGUAUCAUUCCAUCUUUUCCUUGAUUACAGUUGAUGAUUGGAAACUUGUCUUUGACUGUUAUUUAAAGGUGAUCUGCUUUCCAAUAAACUGACAGACUGAGUAUCAA